GCGAGGCCAUGAAGGUGAAGAAGGGCGGCGACGGGGCCGGGACGGGGGCGGAGCCCGCUCUAGGGGCCUCAGGCCCGAGCGUGGAGCCCAAACCUGAGCCGAAGUCGCAAGCGGAAUCCGAAUCCGGGUCCGAGUCGGAGCCGGAGGCAGACCCGGGGCCCAGGCCGGGGCCACUGCGGAGGAAGCAGCCGAUCGGGCCGGAGGACGUGCUGGGACUACAGCGGAUCACGGGCGACUACCUGUGCUCCCCUGAGGAGAAUAUCUACAAGAUCGACUUCGUCAGGUUCAAGAUUCGGGACAUGGACUCAGGCACUGUCCUCUUUGAAAUCAAGAAGCCCCCAGCCUCAGAGCGGUUGCCCAUCAACCGACGGGACCUGGACCCCAAUGCUGGGCGCUUUGUCCGCUACCAGUUCACGCCUGCCUUCCUCCGCCUGAGGCAGGUGGGAGCCACGGUGGAGUUCACAGUGGGAGACAAGCCGGUCAACAACUUCCGCAUGAUCGAGAGGCACUACUUCCGCAACCAGCUGCUCAAAAGCUUUGACUUCCACUUUGGCUUCUGCAUCCCCAGCAGCAAGAACACCUGCGAGCACAUCUACGACUUCCCCCCGCUCUCGGAGGAGCUGAUCAGUGAUAUGAUCCGUCACCCAUAUGAAACACAGUCUGACAGCUUCUACUUCGUGGAUGACCGGCUGGUGAUGCACAAUAAAGCUGACUAUUCCUACAGUGGGACACCCUGACCCCCAAACUGCCCCCUGCCCCAGGAGGCUCUGGACCUGGGCCCUGAGCCAUGGCCUCCCCAGCACUCACCUCUUAACCCCAGGUCUUCUGCUCGUGGAGUGCUCCAGGGCCCUGCACCCUGAGUCAGUGUUGGGAGGGAGGGUGACUGAUAUCCUCAGGCCAAGCCUCAUGAAACCCAUGGGGUGGGUGGUAGGGAGGCUGUUUGCCUCCAUGUCCAGAAGGCCUCCUAUGAGAGGAGCAGCCAGGACUUCUGGACAGCCUAGCUGGGUUCUCUUGGGCCCAAGUUUCAGAAUAGUGCUCCCCAGGCUGUGACUAAGUCAGAGCAGGGAUCCCUCUCCCCUACCUGCCACCUCACAGACGAAGAUUCUUGGUAGGGUCUGGCUACCAAACCUCCCAAGGGAGUCUGUGCCCUGGACCCAGCUGCCACCGUCAGGGGCUGAGACACUGCCUGAGAUGUGGGAGGGACCAGCCCAGGUUGCAGCCUGUGUAGAGGCUGGACCAACUGUAUAUAGUUUUCAAUAAACUCAUUCUCCUUUUCUCUUC